UCGCACCGUGUAGCCGACAUGCACGCUACCAGACGGGGUCAAUCUAUUUCGCCUUCGCCCCCUCUGCUGCACCGGAGUGAUCCCUCCGCGCGAAGUUAGCUACACGGUGUGGAGAUGCAGCCACAGCACUGCCUGUGUGUGCGUGUGUGCGUGCGUGUGUGUGCAGCCUGGUUGUGUUACAGCAGCUAACCCGUGCAUAGCAAUAAAAAAAAACUAUGAUAAUAAAAAAAAAAAAUCUAUUAUUGCCAGGGCAGGUUUAGCAGCAGGCUAAGCUAGAGAGCUAGUUGCUGCUACUGUAGCCAUAAGGUAGGUGCACACACACGCACACACACACACACACACACACGCACACACACAGGGAAGCAUGCUGCACACAAAUCCGUCCUCAGCUCUUUUUUCGGCCUGCAUGUGCAAAUAAACUGCACAUUUUCCAGGAUCCGCAGCAGUUGCACUCCAGAUUUUUUUAGGGUUUUUUCCUCAGUAGUGAAGUGAUCCAGGGACAAGUGUGUGCAGGGGGGGAGGAGGGGGGUUAAAUUAUUGUUUUUAUUAAUUUCUAGAAGGCCCCAGGAAGGAUUCACAAGAGCUGGACACAUGUCAUUGGAACUUUUCAGGACUGUUGUGUUGUGUUGUGUUGUGCAGCUGCUUAACACUCACUUUGUUCUGUGUGUGUGUGUGUGUGUGUGUGUGUGUUGGAAAUGAGUUUACCUACCUUUCUAUCUCGGCUGGCAUAAAUCUUUCACACUAUAAUUCAUAGCACACGUCACAGAGAGCAGCAACCGGUUGACCCAGAAAACAUGAAUCAAUUUUCUUUUUCGGUGGAAAUAGGACAUUUUCUUUAGCUCCACGUUUGGGGGGCGGUUGUUCAAGAUAUUCAGCCGGAGGUCAGAGCUGUUUUUUUUUUUUUACUCAGCUCGUCUCAAUGAACUCUGGAGCUGCAGAUUUCCCUCCAAAAAGAGAGAGAUGACAGAUUUGUAAAUUUAAAGUGCAUUUUCCUCUUCUUCUUCCUCUUCCUCUUCCUCCUCGUGUGGUGGCUGUGGCGGCAUCAGGAGGUCUGGUAUAUAAAGCUUGUCAAAGCCCACAGUGGCCACUUUGCUAUCAGUCAGGGAGGUCAGACAGGAGGAGGCUCAGGGAGCAAACAGCCAAGUCCGCUUGUCGUGGUCGAGUCGGUCGGCCGGGUGGCUGCUGCUGCUGCUGGGAGACUCUCCCUGGGCUUGUUGAGCGGCGCUGAAGGAUGACUGCUGCACGGCUCGCUGCUGAAUCCCGGUGAACGAACGGCGUCUCAUGUCCAAACGGCGGAAGGAUGGCUCAUGGCAAAGUGACCAUCGCGGUGGACGAGUACAGCUCCAACCCCACACAGGCCUUCACACACUAUAACAUCAACCAGAGCCGCUUCCAACCUCCACAUGUCCACAUGGUGGACCCCAUUCCAUAUGAUACCCCCAAGCCGGCGGGACACACCAGGUUCGUGUGUGUGUCCGACACACACUCGCGCACAGACGGCAUCCAGAUGCCCUACGGCGACGUGCUGCUGCACACGGGCGACUUCACCGAGCUGGGCCUCCCCUCCGAGGUUAAGAAGUUCAACGACUGGCUAGGUGGCCUUCCAUACGAAUUCAAAGUGGUGAUCGCCGGGAACCACGAGCUGACCUUUGAUAAGGACUUUAUGGCUGAGCUGGUGAAGCAGGAUUACUACCGAUUCCCCUCAGUCUCCAAACUCAAACCAGAGGACUUUGACAAUGUCCAGUCGGUGCUCACGAACGGUGUGUACCUGCAGGACUCGGACGUCACCAUUAAGGGAUUCCGGAUAUACGGGACGCCAUGGACUCCGUGGUUUAACGGCUGGGGGUUCAACCUGCCUCGGGGUCAGUCUCUGCUGGAUAAAUGGAACCUCGUCCCUGAAGGCAUCGACAUCCUGAUGACCCACGGACCUCCGCUCGGCUUCAGAGACUGGGUUCCUAAGGAGCUGCAGCGAGUCGGCUGCGUGGAGCUGCUCAACACGGUCCAGAAGAGGGUGCGACAACUUCACGCCUUCGGAGGCAUCCAUGAAGGCUACGGGAUCAUGACAGACGGCUUCACGACGUUCGUCAACGCGUCGACCUGCACUGUCAGUUUCCAGCCCACCAACCCCCCCAUCGUGUUCGACCUGCCCAACCCCUCCACCUCCUGAGACCAGAGGGGGCGGGGGAGGGU